AUGACCUUUUCCAUCUCCCCCCCCCCCUUCCUCCGGGCUCCUCCCCCCACAGCCUUCCCUUCCUCCGGGCUCCUCCCCCCACAGCCUUCCCUUCCUCCGGACUCCUCCCCCCACAGCCUUCUCUUCCUCUGGGCUCCUCCCCCCACAGCCUUCCCUUCCUCCGGGCUCCUCCCCCCACAGCCUUCCCUUCCUCCGGGCUCCUCCCCCCACAGCCUUCCCUUCCUCCGGGCUCCUCCCCCCACAGCCUUCCCUUCCUCCGGGCUCCUCCCCCCACAGCCUUCCCUUCCUCCGGGCCCCUCCCCCUACAGCCUUCCCUUCCUCCGGGCCCCUCCCCCCACAGCCUUCCCUUCCUCCGGGCCCCUCCCCCCACAGCCUUCCCUUCCUCCGGGCUCCUCCCCCCACAGCCUUCCCUUCCUCCGGGCCCCUCCCCCCACAGCCUUCCCUUCCUCCGGGCUACGCCCCCCACACCCUUCCCUUCCUCCGGGCUACGCCCACCCACACCCUUCCCUUCCUCCAGGCUACGCCCCCUCCCACACCCUUCCCUUCCUCCAGGCUCCUCCCCCCACAGCCUUCCGCUACGCCCUCCCCCCCAAACACCCUUCCCUUCCUCCAGGCUACGCCCCCCCCCCCCACACCCUUCCUCCAGGCUACGUGUCCCCCCCCCACACCCUUCCCUUCCUCCAGGCUAAGUCCCCACCCAGCCUUCCCCUCCUCCAGGCUACGCCCCCCCCUAGUUUCCCUUCCUCCGGGCCCCUCCCCCUACAGCCUUCCCUUCCUCCGGGCUCCUCCCCCCACAGCCUUCCCUUCCUCCGGGCCCCUCCCCCCACAGCCUUCCCUUCCUCCGGGCUACGCCCCCCCACACCCUUCCCUUCCUCCAGGCUACGCCCCCCCACACCCUUCCCUUCCUCCGGGCCCCUCCCCCCACAGCCUUCCCUUCCUCCGGGCUACGCCCCCCCACACCCUUCCCUUCCUCCAGGCUACGCCCCCCCAACCCUUCCCUUCCUCCAGGCUACGCCCCCCCACACCCUUCCCUUCCUCCGGGCUCCUCCCCCCACAGCCUUCCCUUCCUCCGGGCCCCUCCCCCCACAGCCUUCCCUUCCUCCGGGCCCCUCCCCCCACAGCCUUCCCUUCCUCCGGGCCCCUCCCCCCACAGCCUUCCCUUCCUCCAGGCCCCUCCCCCCACAGCCUUCCCUUCCUCCAGGCUACGCCGCCACACACCCUUCCCUUCCUCCAGGCUACGCCGCCCCACACCCUUCCCUUCCUCCAGGCUACGCCCCCUCCCACCCUUCCCUUCCUCCAGGCUCCUCCCCCCACAGCCUUCCGUUCCUCCGGGCUACGCCCCCCCACAGCCUUCCCUUCCUCCGGGCUACGCCCCCCCACAGCCUUCCCUUCCUCCGGGCUACGCCCCCCCACAGCCUUCCCUUCCUCCGGGCUACGCCCCCCCACAGCCUUCCCUUCCUCCGGGCUACGCCCCCUCCCACACCCUUCCCUUCCUCCAGACUCCUCCCCCCACAGCCUUCCCUUCCUCCGGGCUACGCCCCCCCACAGCCUUCCCUUCCUCCGGGCUACGCCCCCCCACAGCCUUCCCUUCCUCCGGGCUACGCCCCCCCACAGCCUUCCCUUCCUCCGGGCUCCUCCCCCCACAGCCUUCCCUUCCUCCGGGCCCCUCCCCCCACAGCCUUCCCUUCCUCCGGGCCCCUCCCCCCACAGCCUUCCCUUCCUCCGGGCUACGCCCCCCCACAGCCUUCCCUUCCUCCGGGCUACGCCCCCCCACACCCUUCCCUUCCUCCGGGCUACGCCCCCCCACACCCUUCCCUUCCUCCGGCCUUCCCUUCCUCCGGGCUACGCCCCCCCACAGCCUUCCCUUCCUCCGGGCUACGCCCCCCCACAGCCUUCCCUUCCUCCGGGCUACGCCCCCCCACACCCUUCCCUUCCUCCAGGCUACCCCCCCCCCCACACCCUUCCCUUCCUCCGGGCCCCUCCCCCCACAGCCUUCCCUUCCUCCGGGCUACGCCCCCCCACAGCCUUCCCUUCCUCCAGGCUCCUCCCCCCACAGCCUUCCGUUCCUCCGGGCUACGCCCCCCCACACCCUUCCCUUCCUCCGGGCUACGCCCCCCCCACACCCUUCCCUUCCUCCAGACUCCUCCCCCCACAGCCUUCCCUUCCUCCGGGCUACGCCCCCCCACAGCCUUCCCUUCCUCCGGGCUACGCCCCCCCACAGCCUUCCCUUCCUCCGGGCUACGCCCCCCCACAGCCUUCCCUUCCUCCGGGCUACGCCCCCCCACAGCCUUCCCUUCCUCCGGGCUACGCCCCCCCACAGCCUUCCCUUCCUCCGGGCUACGCCCCCCCACAGCCUUCCCUUCCUCCGGGCUACGCCCCCCCACAGCCUUCCCUUCCUCCGGGCUACGCCCCCCCACACCCUUCCCUCCCUCCGGGCUCCUCCCCCCACAGCCUUCCGUUCCUCCGGGCUACGCCCCCCCACACCCUUCCCUUCCUCCGGGCUACGCCCCCCCACACCCUUCCCUUCCUCCGGGCUACGCCCCCCCACAGCCUUCCCUUCCUCCGGGCUACGCCCCCCACACCCUUCCCUUCCUCCGGGCCAGUGUUCUGGGCGAGGCCAGUGUUCUGAGCGAGGCCAGUGUUCUGAGCGAGGCCAGUGUUCUGGGCGAGGCCAGUGUUCUGGGCGAGGCCAGUGUUCUGAGCGAGGCCAGUGUUCUGGGCGAGGCCAGUGUUCUGGGCGAGGCCAGUGUUCUGAGCGAGGCCAGUGUUCUGGGCGAGGCCAGUGUUCUGGGCGAGGCCAGUGUUCUGGGCGAGGCCAGUGUUCUGAGCGAGGCCAGUGUUCUGAGCGAGGCCAGUGUUCUGGGCGAGGCCAGUGUUCUGGGCGAGGCCACACAGCCUCUCUUCCUCAUGGACUUCCUCAUGGACUUCCUCAUGGACUUCCUCAUGGACUUCCUCAUGGACUAG